AUGGAAGAAUAUUACGGCAGCAAAUACUCAAGUUUUAUCACAAGAAAAGAUGUGGGUUAUGAUGAAAUUGAGGAAGAGUUUAGAAAAAAUUAUUUUGAAACAUCACACUUUUUGAAGCCUAUAAAAGACUUAUCAAAAUGAUCUUUAAAAACACGCACGAGAGAGCCAAAAUAUUUUAAAUGCAACCAAUGGAGAUACCCGCUAUCAGGAUCAACCAGAAAGCCUCUAAAACCCAAAAAUAACUCCAUCAACUUCCUAAACCCCAUCACUCACAAAACCCAUCUCCACUCUAGAAGCACCCAAAAACACUCAAAAUCAGUCUCUACCACCCCUAUCUCCCUCCCCCAAAAUCCCCCACACAUCCCUUCCAAAAUCACCAAUUUCCUUCCCCAAAAAAAAAUCAACAAAAUUACUAAAAUCUUCAUCGAUCAGGAACAAAAAUCUCUCUCAGCUUCUCUAAACCCUCACUCACCCAGUAACCCAAGCUUCUGCAGGAGACCUGGCCAGGGCUCCUGCAGAAGAAAGUCACUGGGUCUAGGCAGGGUGGUGGCCAAGCGGAAGAACAGAGUUGACCGGUACCUUAGGAAUGUGAUGAGCCAGAGAUAUGAGGAGUUGGAGAAAGUGAAGAGAGAGGAAGGCAGAGAAUGGAUGAUGUUGCAAGAAGUUUUGAGGCGACCUGAUGGUUUGGAGCAUGGUUACAACCCCCAUAGGGUGAAAGUACCAAGGAUACAGUAUUUGAGGGAUAAGAAAGUGCCGAAGAUUGGAAAGAUUUUGAGAGAGUCGAUUACUAAAAGUGUAGAGAGGUCAAAUUUUAGGAUAAUAAAUUAAGUCUACAAUUCUUAAACCAGAGGCAAAAAUGCGAAUUUUU